AUGAGUUUUUACGAUAUACCAAGUGAUUUCGUUUCGAAAUUGACUGGAAAAUACGAAUCUGCAGUUGCAAAUGAACAUAUUGUUUUCGCUGGAGAUAGUGCAAUUAGUGAAAUAGUUGAAAGAAAAGUUAAAGAUAAAACAUACGAAUUUCAAUUAACCCAUUUAGAAACAUUGAAAAAAAGACCGGCAAAAGGUAGUAAAGAAGAAAACCCAUUUGCUAAACCUGAACCGGAAUUAACAAUUCUUGAUUCUUACGGACCGAAUGAUGAAUUUAGAGUUGUUUUCAAUAAAUUCCCGGUUGUUCCAAAUCAUUUUAUGAUCAUUACCAAAGAAUUUGUAUCGCAAAAUACCCCGUUAUCCCCAAUUGAAAUCAAUGCCUCUUAUUCUAUCCUUACCCAUUUGAAGAAACACGAUAGAUCUGGCAAAAAUUGGUUUGCAUUCUACAAUUGUGGCCAACAAAGUGGAGCUUCCCAACCCCAUAAACAUAUUCAGUUCAUGACUUUACCUAACGGGUACACUCCUCCCAUUGACUCGAUUGCCAACUCUUCGCCUGCUUUCAUUCCAAGUGCUAAGCAAGAACCUUUACAAGAUUCUUCGUUACCUUUUGCUCAUUACGUCGCAAGAUUACCUGAUGACAUUAGUGACUUGAACGAAGAUGACUUGACCAUGUAUUUUUCAUCCUUGCUUCAACGUGCCUUGACUACCCUUAAACAAAAUGGCCAUAAUCAUAUCUCCUAUAACUUCUGUUUGACUACUAAAUACAUGAUGGUGGUUCCCAGAGCCUCGGGCUACUACAAGGACCUCUUGGGAGUCAACUCCUGCGGAGUCAUGGGUCUCUUCCUAUGCAAGAACCAAGAACUAGUCGACCUAGUCAAGCACGACGGGCCUGAAACCGUUCUUGCUAGCGUUGGUCUUCCCAAUACCUCUGGCGAACCCACUGACGAAUAUCACUACUAGAUCCGUACAUAUAAUACACCCGUACCUUCGUGUAUACCUAUACACAAACAUAUACUCGCACAUUUGUUGUAAGACUUCCCGAUUGGGAAGUCUACACCUGUAGCCAAUGAAACCGGCAGAAUUAUUGAUUUUUUC